AUUACAGAUGGCAGUGCUACCGAACAAGGCGCAAUUGCCUACUGGAAUCGCAGCUGUUCGUCCGCAUCUGGAGAGCAAGUAGACAAUGUACCGCUUCUCGUUGGGCUUAUCACUGAUUGCACACCUGAGGCGAGUCUUCAAAUGUUGGAGAUAAUGCAGGAAUACGGAGAGUUGGUGUUGGCCGUCGGUUCAUCUCUGUCAAUUGUGAAUACCAGCGUGUUCCUUCAGGCCGACAUUUCCAUAAGUGUCCUGCCAGUGGGAGACUGGCAGUGUUCCAUGAGCUCUGGGCCGAAUUGGCAGACUGUCAAAAAUGCAACCGACAGUCUCAUGAGCAUCGCCAGUGAUUUUCGGCUAAGAUUCGAACAACUUCUUGCCCUUCCAAAACUCAUCGUCUCCUGCCGCCACCGCUGUGCUUCUGUGAGGGGAUCAAUGGCGUUCCACUUUUUUGCCUCCACUAUGCUAUCCAUUUCCCUCCUAGUUACAGCUGUAUCAUUUCUACCUCUGCUUUUCGAUUUUGAGCAGGUAAGAUAA